CGGCGGGCGGGCCCAGACCAUGUCGCCCGAAGAGUGGACGUACCUAGGGGUCCUCCUUAUCUCCAUCCCCAUCGGCUUCCUCUUUAAGAAAGCUGGACCUGGGCUGAAGAAAUGGGGGGCAGCGGCGGUGGGCGUGGGGCUCACCUUAUUCACCUGUGGCCCCCAUACUCUGCAUUCUCUGGUCACCAUCCUGGGCACCUGGGCGCUCAUUCAGGCCCAGCCCUGCUCCUGCCACGCGCUGGCCCUGGCCUGGACCUUCUCCUACCUCCUGUUCUUCCGAGCAUUGGGCAUACUGGGCCUGCCCACCCCCACGCCCUUCACCAACGCCGUCCAGCUGCUGCUGACGCUGAAGCUCGUGAGCCUGGCAAGUGAAGUCCAGGACCUGCACCUGGCCCAGAGGAAGGAGCUGGCCCUGGGCUUCCGGCCCGCGCCCACCCUGGGCAUGAUUCCCGACAUCCCGUCUCUGCUGGACACACUCAGCUACAGCUACUGCUACGUGGGCAUCAUGACAGGCCCGUUCUUCCGCUACCGCACCUACCUGGACUGGCUGGAGCAGCCCUUCCCCGAGGCCGUGCCCAGCCUGCGGCCCCUGCUCCAGCGGGCCUGGCCGGCGCCCCUCUUCGGGCUGCUCUUCCUGCUGUCGUCGCACCUCUUCCCGCUCGAGGCCGUGCGCGAAGACGCCUUCUACGCGCGCCCGCUGCCCGCCCGCCUCUUCUACAUGGUCCCGGUCUUCUUCGCCUUCCGCAUGCGCUUCUACGUGGCCUGGAUUGUGGCCGAGUGCGGCUGCAUUGCCGCCGGCUUCGGGGCCUACCCCGUGGCCGCCAAAGCCCGGGCCGGGGGCGGCCCCACCCUCCAAUACCCAACCCCCAGCAGUCCGGAGAAAGCGGCCAGCCUGGAGUACGACUAUGAGACCAUCCGCAACAUUGACUGCUACGGCACCGACUUCUGCGUGCGGGUGCGCGACGGCAUGCGCUACUGGAACAUGACCGUGCAGUGGUGGCUGGCGCAGUACGUCUACAAGAGCUCGCCCUUCCGCUCCUAUGUCCUCAGGAGCGCCUGGACCAUGCUGCUGAGCGCCUACUGGCACGGCCUGCACCCGGGCUACUACCUGAGCUUCCUGACCAUCCCGCUGUGCCUGGCGGCCGAGGGCCGGCUGGAGUCGGCGGUCCGGAGCCGGCUGGGGCCCGCGGGCCAGCAGGCCUGGGACUGGGUGCACUGGUUCGUCAAAAUGCGGGCCUACGACUACAUGUGCAUGGGCUUCGUGCUGCUCUCGCUGGGCGACACGCUGCGCUACUGGGCCUCCAUCUACUUCUUCAUCCACGUGCUGAUGGCCGUGUUGCUGGGGCUGGGGUUGGCGCUGGGCGGGGGGGCCCCGAGCCGGAGGAAGGUCGCCGCCCAGGCCGCCGAGAAGCUUCGCGAGGAGUGAGCCACCGGCACCCGGCCCCAGCUUCUGCGUGCCCACCAGGCCUGGAGGGGACCCCCUGACCCCAGCUCGGCCCCAGUCUGCGGUCCUGGCCCUGCUCAGUAGGCUCCAGAACAACUGUCACCGUGGGACGCCCUGCCUGAAUUUCACUUGGUCUCCGCUCCAGUGUCGGGUGUCCAGAGGGCAGAGAGGGCGCCCAGGGGCACCAGUCCCCCUUCCCCAGGGCGCUCUGGGUCUGCACAGGUGCUGCAAACCAGGAUUGGGAUGUAGCCCCCCCACCCCCCCCGUCCCUGUCCCCUGCCCCACGAGUGUCUUUUCGCUCCACUUUGAUCUCCACAUCAGUAUUUCAGACGCGGGAGGAAACCUUAUGAACUCUGUGUACCUACAGGGGAAACUGAGGCACAGGCAAGCAGGCCUUGGGCCCGCCAUUCCCACAGCUUCCCACCUGGCGUCUGGCCGCCCUCCCGUCUGUGUCCCCUCCGUCCUCCGACAGGGUCGGAACGUGUGAAUCUCUACAAUAAAGUGUUGAGCAAA